ACCUGGUGCAGAACAGAGGCCUGCAAAGAUGAGUGGACUUCGACCCCCUUAGAGAGAAGGCAAGAGUGACUCACAGGAGGAAGAUGAAACCAAAGCUUCCAGGCUGUCCCUGGUAGGCUCAGACAGUCCAAAGGCAGCGGAGGGAAGGAGAGAAAAACCUGAGAUGGAGAGCUGGCCGAGAGCUUCCUGAAGACCAUGCAAAUGAGGCACGCCCACAACUGCCUGGAAACCAGGCCGGGAGAAGUCAGAGCCCAGAGCACAUGCUGCAGGGCCGUGCUAGGCAAAGGAGCAGGAGGAGGUGGAGGAGGCGCUGAGGGAGCAGGACGUCCCGUCUCCUGCCAGACCUCCCAGUGUCUGGUCUGAGGAUGGCGGAGAAGCAGGGCCGGGAGCCUGAGUGCCCUGUGUGCUGGAACCCCUUCAACAACAUGUUCCACACCCCCAAAGUGCUGGACUGCUGCCACUCUUUCUGCGUGGAGUGCCUGGCCCACCUCAGCCUGGUGACUCCGGCCCGGCGCCGGUUGCUGUGUCCGCUCUGUCGCCAGCCCACUGUGCUGGCCUCCGGACAGCCUGUCACUGACUUGCCCACGGACACUGCCGUGCUCACCCUGCUCCGCCUGGAGCCCCACCACGUCAUCUUGGAAGGCCGCCAGCUCUGUCUCAAGGACGAGCCCAAGAGCCGCUACUUCCUGCGCCAGCCCCGGGUCUACACGCUGGAACUCGGCCCCGGGCCUGGGAGCCAGACUGGGCGCCCCCAGGACGUGGCCCCUACCACCGUCCCCAUCCCCAGCCCCAGCCCCAGCCACGACUCUCUGAGGGGGUGUUUCCGCAACCCGCAGUUCCGGAUCUUUGCCUACCUGCUGGCUGUCAUCCUCAGUGUCACUCUGUUGCUCAUCUUCUCCAUCUUUUGGACCAAGCAGUUUUUUUGGGGUGUGGGGUGAGCAUCUGUUCCAGACAAAG